AGCCAGCUGUCAAAAAAGUCGCGUUUUGUUUACGGUACUUAUUCGAUCGUGCUGCUGCAGUUUGUGACGCUUGCCUGCGUGUAAACAAUCGGAAUUUGCCGGAGUAACAACCGUAGUAUUACCAGUGAAAAGUCGUAAAUUCCAUUCCCGGCACCAUGUCCUCGUGGGAGGAAAUCCACGCCCUCAAGGCCAAGCGCAACACCCUCCGUGAACGGUUGGAGAAACGAAAAAAAGAGCGGCAGGACCUGCUCGGUGGCAGUAGCCCCGGCCCAAGCGUAAUCAAAACCGAAGCCGGUGUUGCCGGGGCGGAUGAUAAAAGCAAGAUUCUGCUUACGGCUAUCAAGUUGGAACAAGAUAUCGAUUCCGAAGUGGAGAAAGCCCUGGUUAAAGUGCUGGGAGAUCGUAGCUUGAUUUUGCCUUCCAAUUCGUCGCAGAUCGCCCAGCGGGUGGAGAAGAUUAUCCAGAGGUCUACAGCGAACGAAUCGAUUCUGGUUUGCUUGCAGAAACUGUCCGGCCAAAACUUGGUGAACAUCAAGGAAGUGAGUAUUGGCGGGACGGUCGGAUACGAGGUCAUUUCGGCCGAGUAUGGAAAACUGCAAUCGCUGCACGACAAUCUGCUGCUCAACCAGAGCGAACGGGAAGCGACCAAGCGCAAGGCGAUCAAGGAAGAAAUGGAUUCGGACUCGAAGAUGGCUCGCCUGGGUUCCGGUUUGAUAAAGGAGGAAUUGCAGAAAAAAACCGGAGAGUCCAGCACCUUGAGCAGCACUUCCGACAUCAUGUCGUUGCUGUCGCUUCCGUCCACCCGGGAGAAGCAAAGCAAACAGGUGGGCGAGGAAAUUCUGGAACUGCUGACGAAGCCAACGGCCAAGGAGCGAUCGUUGGCGGAGAAGUUUAAAUCGCAGGGUGGGGCACAGGUGAUGGAAUUCUGUCCCCACGGAACCCGGAUCGAGUGUUUGCGGUCGCUGGAGGCAGCGAAUGAUGCGCUGUUGAAGAGCGAAGAUGACGACGAUGUUAUCAUUACUAGGAUAGAGCCCGGCAGCAACGGUAACAACGGUUUCGAAAUCGUGGAGAUCAAAAAGGAAAAAGAUGACGACAAAAUCAAGUUCCAGUGUAACAAGCUGCACUUCAAGAAGAUCAUCCAGUCCCACACGGACGAGUCGCUGGGCGACUGCAGUUUUCUGAACACUUGCUUCCACAUGGACACGUGCAAGUACGUGCAUUACGAGGUGGAUACCUACGUGGGACAGAAUACCGGUUCGAAGUUCGAAGGAGAGGUUUCCAAGCGGACCAUUGAUCCGUGUGCAACGUUGUAUCCUCCGCAGUGGAUCCAGUGUGAUCUGCGUUACCUGGACAUGACCGUGCUGGGGAAGUUCGCCGUGGUGAUGGCCGAUCCGCCUUGGGACAUUCACAUGGAGCUUCCCUACGGGACCAUGUCCGACGACGAGAUGAGACAGUUGGGCGUGCCAGCCCUGCAGGAUGAUGGAUUGAUAUUUUUGUGGGUUACCGGUCGCGCUAUGGAACUGGGUCGGGAGUGCCUAAAGUUGUGGGGCUACGAACGGGUGGACGAACUGAUCUGGGUAAAAACCAACCAGCUGCAACGGAUAAUUCGCACCGGUCGAACCGGCCAUUGGCUGAAUCACGGCAAGGAACACUGCCUGGUCGGGAUGAAGGGUAACCCGCCGAACUUGAACCGUGGCUUGGAUUGCGAUGUGAUUGUUGCGGAAGUUCGAGCCACCAGCCACAAACCGGAUGAAAUCUACGGAAUUAUUGAGCGCCUGAGUCCCGGCACGAGGAAAAUUGAACUGUUCGGGAGACCGCAUAAUGUUCAGCCCAACUGGAUAACGCUCGGCAAUCAACUGGAUGGGAUCCGGUUAGUGGACCCGGAAUUGAUAAGCUCGUUCCAGAAACGCUACCCCGAUGGGAAUUGCAUGACUCCUGGAAAGAAUCCCUAAUUCUUUGAUCGCAUGUGAAGAGUUUAUUUUUUAUCUUUUUUACUAAAAGUAACAAUUUACAGAAUAUUAAAAGUGUUUCAUUAGGUAUCCUAUAAGUAAUAUAUGCGAAUCCCAUGUUCGUAUUAAACGAAUAAAAUGUUGUAUUUUUAUCUUGUA